UUGAUACUUUGAUAGAAAACUUGGACUUCUGAACUCUAAAGUGUUCCGAAAAGUAGUAAUACAUAAUAAGAUCAGUAUAUCCAGGUCUGCCUUGAGAUUUUUAGAUAAAAUAUUUGCAAAUAUUUUAUGAGAAAAAUAUUAUAAAAUGGCUAGAGUAUUAGUUGGAGUAAAAAGAGUUAUUGAUUAUGCAGUUAAGAUACGUGUGAAACCAGAUAAGACUGGUGUUGUAACAGACGGGGUUAAGCAUUCAAUGAACCCGUUUGAUGAAAUAGCCAUUGAGGAGGCUGUGAGGAUGAAAGAAAAAAAACUAGCCCAAGAAGUUAUAGCUAUAAGCUGUGGACCAGCUCAAGCUCAGGAAACUUUGAGAACUGCAUUGGCCAUGGGGGCAGACAGGGGAAUUCAUGUGGAAAUAUCAGGAUCUGAAUAUGAAACAUUACAACCCAUUCAUGUAUCUAAAAUAUUAGCUAAAUUAGCUAAAGAUGAAAAGGCAGAUCUUAUAAUAGUUGGAAAACAAGCGAUUGAUGAUGAUUGUAAUCAAACAGCUCAGAUGACUGCUGGGUUAUUAGACUGGCCUGCAGGCACAUUUUGCAGCAAAAUUGAACAUGGUCAAGGGGAACUAAUGAUAACUAGAGAAAUUGAUGGAGGUUUAGAAGUAAUUAAAGUAAAGACUCCAGCAGUUUUAAGUGCAGAUUUACGUUUAAAUGAGCCACGAUAUGCAACACUACCCAAUAUUAUGAAAGCCAAGAAAAAGCCAAUUAAAAAAUUAACUCCUAAAGAAUUAAAUGUAGAUACAACACCUCGGAUUGAAAUAAUAUCUGUAGAAGAUCCACCGGUAAGACAAGCAGGUUCAAUUGUACCUGAUGUAGAUACUCUUGUUGAAAAAUUAAAAGCAUCAGGUCAUGUAUGAGUGAUGCAUAGAAAAAAAUUAUUUAUCUCUAAUAUUUUUAAUAUUCAGAAAUGUUUAUUUGUACUGCAGAUUCGUUAACAUUUUUGUAAACUUUUUAAAGACAAUAUAAUAAUAUUGGAAUGUUCAAUAAACUUAUAUACGAAGAUAAAUAAUAUUCAUGCACAAUUAUAUACU